AUGCAGGCGGCCGAGCGGGACGGCGCGGCGGGCGGCGGCGGCCCCGAGGGCGCGGCGGGCCCCGAGGCCCAGCCGGAGGCGGCAGCGCCGCCGCCGCCGCCGCCCCGGGCCGCCGCCUUCGACCUGCUCACGCUGGUGCUGAGCUACCGGCGGCUGGAGCUGUACCUGGAGCCGCUGCGCGACGCGGCCGAGGCCGUCCGCGCCCUGCUGCGGUGGCAGCGGCCGCUGUGCUCCCUGCUCGUCUGCCUGGGCCUCAACUUCCUCCUGCUCACCCUGGACCAAGCUGCCUGGUACUCGGUGUUGGCCCUGCUGGUCCUGGUGCCGGCCCUGCUGGGCUACCUGCAGGAGACGUGCCGAGCCCGGCCCUCGGAGCCCGAGCUGGGGCGCCGGAGGUACCACAGCGUCCGCCGCGAGGACCUGCGCAAGGUGCAGCUCUCGCGGCAGGAGGCCGUCGCCCAGGUCAAGGGCUUCCUGAUCCAGCUGGAGGCGUUCCUCAGUGGGAUGUGCUGCAGCUGCGAGGCGGUGUAUCGGGUGCUGUACUGGGAGAACCCCACAGUCUCUUCCCAGUUCUAUGGGGCACUGCUGGGCUCUGUCUGCAUCCUGUACCUGCUGCCCCUCUGCUGGGUCCUGGCCAUCCUCAACAGCACCCUCUUCCUGGGCAAUGCCCAGUUCUACCAUGUGAUACUGGAGCUGAAGGCCUCGAUUGAGCAGUGUCUGGGCACCAAACCUCUUGAGAGCAUGCCAGAGCCUGCUGAACCCCUGCCACCUGCUGCCCCCUUGGAUCGGACCCCUACACCCACGAGCACGGAGGACCUAACCCCUGGCAGUGUGGAGGAGGCUGAGGAGGCAGAGCCUGAUGAAGAGUUCAAGGAUGCUAUUGAGGAGGAUGACGAGAGCUCCCAGUGUUCAUCAGAGUUUGACCUCAGCCUCCCAGAUAAUGGUUUUAUGAGCAAAAAUGAGGUGAUUCGCAGCAAGGUGUCACGGCUGACCGAGCGCCUGCGCAAGCGCUACCCCAGCAACAACUUUGGGAACUGCACGGGUUGCGCAGCCACCUUCUCUGUGCUCAAGAAGAGGCGGAGCUGCAGUAACUGUGGAAACAGCUUCUGCUCCAGAUGUUGCUCCUUCAAAGUCCCCAAGGCUGUGAUGGGAGCCACAGCCCCAGAGGCUCAGCGGGAGACAGUUUUUGUGUGUGCUCUGUGCAACCAGGCGCUCGUCAAAUGACUCGAACAGGCCUGGCCAGCCUGUGUGCCCUGCACUGUUUGAUGUGGGUCCUGCACCACCUCAUGGGCGAUGGAGGAGCUGCCCUUGUUGCUGGGGCCUCCAUCACUUGGUUGCCAGCUUGGCAUCCCUGUCAAAAGACUCUUGUACUCGUUGCUCCUCCUGCCGGUGUCGUCGGGAGGCAGACCAGAUCUCCUUGCUGCACAGCAUCUGCCACAAACCGGCUCAAAACAGAGUGUUGCCCACAGCCAUGCACCCAUGACCUCCCCUCGUCUGUCCCCCUGGCAGCUGUUCAGUGCUGCUGCAAGCUCCGGGCACUCCUGGUGCAGACUGUUCCCUGCUGCAGGUGGCCCAGGCCAUGUGGCCCAGCUCAGUGGUAAAGGAACCAUCCUUUGCUCUUCAGGCUUUGUCUCCUGGGCAGGACCAGAACAACCUCGGGGCUGUGUCCCUACCUUUCUGAGGACUGAGCUAGGAGACUGUUUUUGGGAUCAAGUCAGAGCUCUUCCUAUGUCCCCAAGAGAUGUGGUCCUUGGUCUUGACUCGGCUGAGCUCCAUUAGCUCUAGGCAUCCUGUGUUCCUCAGCCUUCUCAUAUCCAGGUCUAGUCUUUCCUCCCCCCAUGUUUGGCUGUAGCAGAGGCAUGGAGAUAGUAAGCCUGGGGCUUGGCUACGCGGCUGGGUAGCUGUAGUGAGAGGUGUGAGUUGGGCUGGUCUGUGUACUUAGUGACUGCUGCUUUCUACUACAGAUUAAUAUAUUAAGUGUAUAUAGAGAACAACCAAUAAAUCUCUUGUCAUUAA